AUGCACAUCUCAACCUUGGCCUUGGUCAUUGGCACUGCUGCUCUGGCCGCCGCAAACCGAAGACCACCUCCCCGGUGUGGUACCUGCAACCCUGUCUCGGGCCAGAACCACUGUGAUGUGACCACCUCGUGCAUCAACACCGGCACGGCCUUCCACUGUGCCUGUCGUGCUGGAUAUAAGGCCUCGCAGAAUAACAACGAUGUCAAUCAACAGUUCCGCUUGCCGAUGCCGAACUAUGAAUUCCUCGUGUUCGUUCCUGAGAAUACGGCUUGCAAUACUCUUUGUAAUAAUCCCUUUGGUAUGCCAUCGGACCUGUGUAAUGAGGUUAAGCUUUACAACCAGUGCCCUGCUUAA